CCAUCUUUAAACCCCAGAGAAAAACAGCUUCCGCUCAGCUGUACACGCACAUCCUGCGCUCACAUCCACAUUUAUGACACAAUAACUCGAGAUCUGCGCUUUGAAUCGACAUAACAGUGCAUUUGAGACCAGAGGAGCUCACGGGAGCCGCGUUCGCUAAACUAAGAGCUUUAAUUCUGCGUUGACAUCCAGAAAACUGAGGAACAGAUCGCAAGUGCGCAUCUCUUGUUCUUCUUCUUUUGUCCAUCUCUCUCUCCGGUUUCUCUUCUCUCGGAGAUGAGUGGAGGAAGAUGUCGGUUUCGGGACUGAAGGCCGAGCUGAAGUUUCUGGAGUCUAUUUUUGAUCCGAACCACGAGCGCUUCAGGAUCCUCGACUGGAAACCGGACGAGCUGAGCUGCCAGUUUAACAUCGGAGACCAGCUGCUGAUCAUCCACUGCAACCUCACGGAGUCGUACCCGCUGACGCCGCCCAUCUGGUUCGUGGAGUCUGAUGACCCGGGUCUGACCGCAGUGCUGGAGCGGCUGGAGGAGGUCAGGAGGGGCAGCACACUGCUCCUGCAGCAGCUGAAGAGGCUGAUCUGUGAUCUGUGCCGCCUCUAUAAUCUCCCUCAGCACCCGGAUGUGGAGAUGCUGGACCAGCCUCUUCCUGCAGGACCGCUUCACCAGGACAGGAAGCAUGGGACGACAGACGAGGUGACCUCAGAGGAGGAGGAGGAAGAGGAGAUGGGAGAGCAGGACAUCGAUCUGGAGCACUACGAGAUGAAGGAGGAGCCGGUGGAUGGGAAGAAGUCUGAGGAUGAUGGGAUUGAGAAGGAGAACCUGGCCGUCCUGGAGAAGAUCCGCAGGAGCCAGAGACAGGACCACUUGAACGUAAGUGCUCACUCGGGCGCUGUGUCUGGAUCUGUCCAGGCGUCGGAUCGCCUCAUGAAGGAGCUCCGGGAGAUCUACCGCUCUCAGAGCUAUAAGAACGGCAUCUACUCCGUGGAGCUGGUGAACGACAGCCUGUACGAGUGGCACGUCAAGAUCAGGACUGUGGAUCCAGACAGUCCUUUACACAGUGACCUGCAGGUGCUGAAGGAAAAGGAAGGGAUGGACUACAUCCUCCUCAGCUUCUCCUACAAAGAUAACUUCCCCUUCGAUCCUCCGUUUGCGCGUGUGGUUUCUCCGGUCCUCUCUGGAGGGUAUGUUCUCGGCGGAGGAGCUCUGUGUAUGGAGCUGCUCACUAAACAGGGAUGGAGCAGUGCCUAUUCCAUCGAGUCUGUCAUCAUGCAGAUCAACGCCACUUUAGUCAAAGGAAAAGCGAGAGUGCAGUUUGGAGCCAAUAAGAAUCAGUACAGUCUGGCCAGAGCACAGCAGUCCUAUAAAUCACUGGUGCAGAUCCACGAAAAGAACGGCUGGUACACACCGCCCAAAGAGGACGGCUAGAGCACAGCGUCCACUCUUGGAGCGAUCCUCUUCAGAUGGACAUCUCUCUGUCACUGCUUCUCUCCCCUCAUCCCUGGUUUCAUCCUCACACUCUUCGACUCGUUCUCCUCAUCUCAGACGAUCUGCUCACACACAGCUGACUCUCACAGGAUCACACACAGAUGAUGAAAGACGUGAUGUGUUCCUCUCAGUCCUGUAACCGCUUCUCUCUCCUGGCCAGCAGAACCGUCUGGAUCUGUGGAACUGUGUUUCCUGUGUUCAUUGAAGCCCCUGCAGUCUCCGAGUGAAGCUGAGAGAGCAAUAAUGCCUUAAACAGGAAGUGAAUGCGUCUGCAGUUUUUCUGUUCAAUCCCACAUCGUUGGAGUCGAUCUGAUGGCCCUGGUUUUGUGUUCAUGUCCUUCAGAUCGCUCGACUCUAUUCAUGUUCUCUUCUCUUUCUCCUAUGAAUCAGUUUUAGUCUAAAAGGCGCUGUUUCCUUCAUAAUCAUUCGGGCCGAUGUGAACCGCUGUUUAAUUUCAGUGAGUGACAGAAUAAAUGCAGCAGUCUGACAUCAAGCCAUAGUUUGAGUUCAUGGAUGUUCGUCCGGCUCCCAGUGUCUGAUUCCAGAUCUGUUUCUCUUCUCUUGCGCGGUUCGUUCGUUGGUUCGUUGGUUCGGUGGCGUGUCUGAUGGAGAGGCGGGAGGCUUCAAUGUGUUCUGCAAUCAGCAUGCUUCGGUUUUACUGCAUUUUUCCCCAUUGUAAGUGUAAUUUUGACCAUGUACAGUACAAUUUGUAAACUUGCAUCAAGUUUAUGAAUAAAGAAUUUUAAGAAAUA